AUGCCGAUCCUCGACCGUUGCUGGAACCCCUUGAUGAUGUAUCAUUUCACGAAUGUACGCUUCGGAAGCUUUUAUUGUGCCGUGUAUACUAUGGUCAUCCAUAUACUAUUCAUAUUCUACGCAAUCUACGCGAUUCAAGGAGGACGGACGGAAUGGUUCUUCUCCCCGUAUUUCGAGUACUCACAGAGAGGAACUGAGCGAGCCGCAUCCCUGACCAUUGUUCUAUGUCUCAUCUUUCUCAUGUUCACAUACAUGCUCUGGAAGGGUAUUAAGAGAGACAAUCGAUGUAUGUAUGUCCCAUGGAUGUCAGCGAUGACCAUCGAAAUUCUCCUCAUGAUUGGCGUCGGACUGUGGUUCAUCGUUAGAUAUUAUCGAAAUCUUUUUUCCGUCUUAGCCGCUAUUUUGCUCUGGACCAUCGAUGGUUUCCAUGUGUAUUGCCUCCUUAUAGUGCUGUCUCAGUACCAAAUCGUGCGAGAUCUUCAGGAGCCGAAGUUUGAGUUCCUCUACCCUUGA